AUGCUGCUCGCGGCCAAGGGAUGCGCGCCUGUGUUGCUGCUGGUCAUUUCUGUACGGGGUUUCUCGGCUGUGGAUUGCGAUGCCGUGGAGGGCAGACCACCUAAGAGCGCUGAGACGAGCUCCUGCGAUGCCUCAGUCGACGUAUCGAGCUUCGGCCGCUUGGGCGCUCGUUCUUCAUCGUCGCUCUCAAUUGAGAUGGGGACAGAUGGAUCGGUUCCCGGUGCCUUGGAGGCUGGUUCCGGUUCACCUGUGGCAGCUGGCGUGGUAUCGAGCUUAGACGAUAGGUCUGAUGCUGAGCUUUCCAGUGGCCCCAGGUUGGCACUGGGCGUCGGCGUGGUGGUGGCAGCAGCAGCAGCAGCGGCGGCAGCAGCCGUCCAGUCUAGCGGCAUUGUGGAAAUCAUGCUGUACAGGUCCAAUUGCUCCAGCGGCGUCUCCAUUCCGACGACAGGCUCUGUGCCCGACGGUAACGAUACCGCAGGCUCUGUGUCCGUGGUGCCUGCCUGCUCCAGCAAGCGUUCCAGCCGUACUUGGGCACACAACAGUUGGUCACGGAGCGCUGACACGUUCUGGAUAUAG